AUGAUGUAUUGGCUAGCAAGCCGAGCUUCUCAUACGGCGUCAGGAUUUUCUGUCAUUAUAGUGCCUGCAGGGUUUACCCUUUACCGUGUCUGGAAAGUGGACAAAACAAACCCACCUGAUUUUGAACUCUGUGGAGAUGAGGAAGAUGACCUGGAGAAGGUCACAAUUAUAUAUGAGAAUUAUGAUUCCAAGCACAUUUAGGUUUCUUGCUCUCCAUAUCAGCAAACUAUACAUCCGUACCACCUUCUUUAUCAUAAAAGAACCUACAAAGCCCUAAUUUUACUAGGCUUUGAUAACCCGAAGACUGACAACAAAAAUCUUUUGGCUUAGAGACACGAACUAGUUUCAAAAUUGAUCCAGAUUCCUAAAUAUUGAGACACAUUAAGCAGAGAUUAUUCAUUUGAAUUCUUUACGGAUAACCACACUCCCACAUCAUAUUGUGAUCUUGCUAGUAUUAACAAUCCUAGUACUUUUACGAAAAUAAAUAAUUCUUUAAUAAAUGCAUUAUCAAUUUGCUAAGACAGAAACUCCGCAUGACAGGGAGACAAGGAAGACAGGUUUGUUGUGCUUGACAAUUAUGGAAAUAGGUGAUGUUUUGGGGGGUUAGUUGAUGGCUUUCAUGGUGUGGCAGCUGCAACAGUUGCAGCAAAGCUUCAACUUUUAUUUCUAGACCAGCUUUCACCAGUGGCUUCCUCCUGAAAGGAUAAACGGCAAGUUCUAGAUUCUUGUGCCACACUGAUCAGGGCAGCUUACAGAGAGAAAGAAUUUUUCUCUGAUAAACCAGGCAACGACGAGACCCAUACUUACGAAUGGAUCCACAAAGCGUAUGCCAAGCCCUUCUGGAGAAUGCAUAGGCUUUUACCGCUGGGAACGAAUGAGGUUUCCAAAGUUCCCUGUAGUGGCUGUUCAGCAGUUACCUGCUUGGCAGAAGGAAUCCCCAGCAAAGAGACAGAUGGCACUGAGGAAAAAGAAAGAAGACACUUCGAAAACAACACACACCCAUUAGCCAGGACAGCCAAAGGUGUUGCGGGUUUAUGGCCCAUAGCUGGAAGAUAUCUACCUGAACUUCGCUACAGAAGGAACUAUUUGCAAAGUGAAAUUUCUUAGGAAACUGAUGACCACCAAAAAAAACGAAAAAGACAACCUGAUCCAGAACUGUCUCUUUUCAGUAAGAAUGAAGUAAAUUCAUGGAACAGAGAUAUAAACCAGCCAGAUUCUAGAGCACAAAGUAGUUCUGAAGAACUGAAACAGUUUGAGGACAGAGAAGUUCAUCUAUGUAACAGUUUUUAGCCACAGUCACAGGCUGCAGAGCAAGAAACAGACACCAAUGCUUUUUGUGCAACAGCUCAAAGUUGCACCCAUAAACAGCUGCGAGAGAACAUACUGGCAAUAGGGUCUAAAGACAUCAACCAGCUCCCCAGGGAUACAAAAGCACACCUAUCUAAUUAUGACUCAGGUCCACAACUGGCAGAAAAAAUGGACUCCAAGACAUUUUGUGACAAACCUGCAAGGCCAAAGCUGCUAAUGACCGUAUCAUCAGUGGGUUCUAGACCACCACCGCAGUUUGAAGAGGACACAAACACACACCUGCCUAAUUGCGAAUCACAAACUGCAGGAAGAGGCACCUCUGAGACACUCUAUGACAAUGCAGGAAGCUACGUUAGUGACCAACUGGUAAAGAGUGGAGUAGCUGCAGGUUCAAUGUAUAUUACUAUUUUGAUGGUAGUUCUAAAUGGGUGUGAUAAGAUACCCAAUUACCUCAGCACUUAA